AAUGUAUAGACAAAAUAUAAGGGUGUUUUUUUUUCCCCCGCCGACUAUAUUUUCAUACUAUUUAGCAGGUUGCGUUGUUUUACAUUUAAAAAUUUAGAAAUUUUGAGAUAUCAGGUGAUAGCUUUGAAAUGUUGUCGGCCCUUUUAAAGGAACAUUGUUUGUUGUUUGUACUGACAUUGUUGACGUGCCGCGCGGAGGACGGGAAAAUCGUAGGCGGGUAUUUCGCCGAUCAGUCGGAAUUUUCUUUCGUUGUGAGCGUCCAAGAAAAGAGCAGAUUCAAUUCGUCGGUAAUCUACUCGCACAGGUGCGGCGGUACGCUUGUCAACCCCUGGUUCGUUUUUACAGCCGCUCACUGCGUUUCCUGGCGAUCGCUGAAGAACGGCGUCCUUCAUCCAAGGCUCGCUGCAGACUUUGUCGUCCUGACCGGCACCAGAGACAUCAAAGUUCUGGAACCCGGGGCACGGUUUCGUCCAGUCGACGAGAUCAUACUGAACGAGGGUUUCAGGGAGCACAGUACGCUCACAGGUUUUUGGCUAGGCGAUAUGGCUCUUUUGAAACUCAUCUUCGAAGUCGAAGAUUACUCUUUUACACGCAGUGUUGUAUUCCCAAGAGAAGAACGCACGGAAUCCCAAUUGAACGAGCUUAAAUCUGACAAGUACCGCCUCUGCCUCCAUCCGGGAUGGUGGACUGGCCGAUCCGGCGUAACCUCCUCUCCUUCUUUCCUGAAGUUUCUGUGGAUGAAGGUUUUACCGGAUGACCAGUGCGAUAGGAUGUUUUGCAAAGCGUAUCCCGAUUCGUGCGGCGUUUAUAACGCGACAAAGUUGGAAGUGAUUUGCGCCCUUUCGGAAUAUCAAUCGUGGUCGCCUUGUUUCGCUGGUUCUGGUACUCCCCUGGUUUGCGACGGUCGCUUCUUCGGCAUGCACGUCUCCAGCCGGUACUCCUGCGGCAUGGCGGACGUACCUGAAAAUUACAUAUCGGUUUUGACAGUCCGCAGGUUUUUUCGUGCUCUGAAUUCCUAUAGACUUCUGAACCGAGGCGAACAGCGACGCACGUCCUUUAUCCUGUUCUCCGUCGUCAUGUUAACGUCUAUUAAGAACAGCAAAGAGUAUCUGGAACUGACAGAUUCUAAAGACCCGACCCUGGCUUAUGUUUCUGGGUAUUCGGGGCAUUAA